GCAGUAGAGCAACCCGAAGCAAAUCCAUUUAACGUGAGCUGCAGCGCUGCCCCCUUGCACCCCACUGCGGCCACCCCAAUACCAGCAUUGGUGCCCUGGUGGCAGCGCUCUUCCUCCCCUAAGAAGCCGCUGCCAUGCUGCACACCAGUGACCUUGGUCAUUCAGUCGUAGUGAAACAUUUUUUUUAUUGCACUCCCUUGAUGUUAAACAGGAUGUCUCUAUGGAUACAGAAAUAAACAGAGGAUAACAGCCCUUCAGCCUUUAAAGGAGCAUUUCAUUAUAGGAGGACCCAGGGAGCCGACUCGAGAGGGCUUGUGCGCUGCGGUGCAAAGAGUGUUGCUCAAGAUGGCACAAAGCACAGACAUGUCCGAACUGCAGGAAGCCUUUAAGAAGUUUGCCAUCCAUGGUGACACAAAAGCAACUGGCAAAGAGAUGAAUGGUAAAAACUGGGCCAAGCUGUGCAAAGACUGCAGAAUUAUUGAUGGCAAAUCUGUGACCAGCACUGACGUAGACAUUGUCUUCUCCAAAGUGAAAGCAAAGACGGCCCGAGUCAUCACAUAUGCCGAAUUUCAGAAGGCCUUGGAGGAGCUGGCACCAAAGAGGUUCAAAGGAAAGAGCAACGAGGAGGCAAUUCAAGACAUAUACAAGCUGGUAGAAGGGAAGGAGCCUGCAAAUGUUGGAGUGACUAAAGUGACCAAGGCAGGAGCAGUUAACCGGCUGACUGAUACCACAAAGUACACAGGGUCGCACAAGGAGCGCUUUGAUGAGAGUGGCAAAGGAAAAGGAAAAGGCGGUCGAGAGGACCUGGUGGAAAACACGGGAUAUGUAUCGGCCUACAAGAAUGCCGGCACGUAUGAUGAGAAGGCAAAGGAGAAGUGAGCACUCCCUGCCAAACAUGCAACUUUGUGGUAGCACACACACACUGGCACCUAUGGAGGUUUAGACGUGCCUGUGUGCGUUCGUAUAUAUGUAUGCAUUAGAAACACGUGCAUAUAUGUAUAUAAAUCUAUACUGUAUAUAUAUGUUGUGGCAGGGAACCCUCCCCAGAGGUAUAAAAGGGUCAGAGGCUUUGGGUGAGUCCAUCAUAAAUUUAAGACUGUAAAUCUUCAGUAUAAGUAAAAUGAAACAACUCGGCUAGUGCCCUCAAGGGUCUUCCUUGCCUCUUUCAGGAGCUCCUCCUAGCCUGUGAGCUAAACAACUCUCACUGAUGCACCCUUUCUGACACCCUGAGGGGCUCUGAGGGACUCCGUUCUCUCAAUGGUGCCUGGUAGGAUUGGACACAUUUUAAGGACUCACAGAAGACCCCCACUCCUCUGCUCUGGUUUAGCUCUACUGCUGCUCUUCCUUUUUUCUUUCUCUUUCUCUCUCUCUUCACCCUCCUUCCCCUUUGCUAAUGUGAUGUUGUUCUUUGCUUCAUGAUUUAUUUUAUUACCUGGAUAUCAAAUCAUAGCCAAACUGGAACUGGAACUUAUUGAACCAAAUAAAGUAUUUUUUAUUAAACUGGA